AUGUUCGUGCUUACAACAAAUAGCAUUACGUUUAGAACGGUGUCUCGGUGUCAUCCUGGUGCAGUCGAACGCCAGCCUACAACGCUGGGCAGGAAGCGCGUGGCGCUGCGCAUGACGUUUGCGCGGCCGAGUACAGUUGAUGACGCGCGUGGAGGGAGCGGCAGCGGUGGCGGCUCCUCGGGAUCCGAUGACGACUACAUCCCAGAUAUGGGGAAGCGCACGCUGCUGAACCUCAUUCUAGUGGGUUCAGUUGGACUCCCAGCAAGCAUCAUGCUUGGCACGUACGCCAGCUUCUUCGUGCCGCCACUGAAGAACAAAGGCUCAGGCGGUGUGAUUGCAAAGGACGCCCUCGGGACGCCUAUCAAGAAGGAGGAUUAUCUGAAGACGCAUCCCCCCGGCUCUCGUGACCUUGUGCAGGGCCUAAACGGGGAGCCCACGUAUCUUGUUGUGAACGACGCCGGCGAGCUCGAAACCUACGCACUGAAUGCUGUUUGCACGCACCUUGGCUGCGUGGUGCCUUGGAACGCAGCACAGAACAAGUUCAUUUGCCCGUGCCAUGGUUCGCAGUACGAUCGUACAGGGAAGGUGGUGCGCGGUCCGGCUCCGCUGUCGCUCGCUCUGGCACAUACCGAAGUGGAUGAUGACGGGUUCGUAGAGAUCAAACCCUGGAAGGAGACCGACUUUCGAACUGGUGAGAAUCCGUGGUGGAAGUGA